CACGUCAGAGUCUUGGUUGGCUCAGAUUGUCAAAAUUCUUGCUCCGUGUUUUUGUUUCUAUUUUCAAAAAAUAUUCGAAUGUUAAGUAUGAUUUUUUCAAAAUAUGUAUACACGAGUAUUUUAAGUUAUUCGACUUAUUAAUGAAAUUAGUUUUGGCUAACCUUACAAAAUGAGUGAAGGAACGAAACAGGAGCGGCAAUAUAAUGAGCUGGAGGCUUUAAAGGCGAUAUACGGUGAUUUAGUGGUCGAUAAUAGAAAGAGAGGAGUUUGGAAUGCAUGGCGUCCUUUGGAUGUCCUCAUAACGUUACAACCUUCCGCAUACUCGGAGAGUGUGCAUUGUCAGGCAACGCUUCAAUUUGUAUGCUGUCAUAAUUAUCCUGAUAAGCCACCGAAAAUAUUUAUAAAAAAAAAGUUAGGCCUGUCUGACGAUAAUGCUACAAAGCUACUCAGAGAAUUGGAAGAGCUGGCAAAGGAACAGUGUGGAGAAGUGAUGAUAUUCCAACUCGCUGAAUAUACAUUGCAAUUCCUUUACGAGCACAAUAAGCCAACAUUAUCCUUCUACGAUGAGAUGGUUAAAGAAAAGGACGAAAUGGAAAAAAUAAAGCAAAACGAAGUAAAAGAACGAGAAAAUGAAGAGAUACAACAAGUGAAGGAUGAAAUCGAAAGAAUAUCUAAUUUAAAUCAGGAUCGUGGAGAUAUGGAAGGAGACGCGCCGAGAUUGGUCUAUUAUUCUGACGAUAAAACAUGUUCGGAUAAAAAUAUAUCCUCACAGGAUGAACCAUUAUCGUGUAACUGUAAGAACAAAAAAACUCAAAUCCUUAGUUAUAAAGACAACAAAACAAUUUAUGUUGGAAACUGUAUUGGUCACUCGUCAAAUGGCUCGACGACGUUCCUCGCAAUUGAUGACAGUGGCCGGCAAAUAAUAUGCAAGAAGUGGACAUUUUCCCAUCGAUCAGACUUUCAAACGCAACUCCGUCAAAUGCUUUGGUCAGAUUUUAAAACAAUGUCUAGACUGGAACACAACUCCCUAGUACCAUAUGAAUGGAUUGAUAUUAUAGAAUCGAAACAAACACCGCUUCUAACUGUACAUAUAUUCAGAGAUUUUGUUAUGGGAACUUCAUUGAAAUAUAUGUUAAGGCAUUCUUUUGCCUUCGGUGAUAAGGCAGAAAGUUUGAAGCUGUUACGAACUGUGGCUAUCGGUGUUUUCGGUGCGCUAAAGGAAUUGCACAGUGUAGAUAUAUUGCAUAGAAAUAUUAGAAGUGAAACAGUGUUUUUAAAUAAUAAUGGCGGUGUUAAGUUGGUCAGUGCUUGUUUGGAUGCAAGAUUGAGUCAUAUGUUCGAUUGCAGGAAGUUUUGUGAUCGACAGUUAAAAUCUCAAGAUAUUUACGCAGCGGCGCAGUUGUUGCUCUCAAUUGUAACAGAAAAGGUCGAUCAGGAAGUACCUUCGGACCUUCCAAGUUCAGCCAAAGAUUUCUUCUCAAGGUGCUUGACAGAGGAUGAGCGUGUUCAGUGGUCAGCUGAACAGUUAGUUGAACAUUGCUUCCUACUCGACAAUCCAACUGAAUCGCCCAAUAGCGUAGUGAACCCUGAACUUGAUGGCGAAACUGAGGAUGAAGAUGGUACCCAACAUAUGCACGACAUUAGUACAAUUAGUAAUGGACAUACGCGUUUGAACGUCGAGUUUGAGACUCUCGCUUUUAUCGGCAGAGGUGCUUUUGGCGAUGUGUUGAAGGUUAAAAACAAACUCGAUGGUAGAUAUUACGCAAUAAAGAAAAUCAAACUAAAUCCAAAAAACGUUGAAUUGAAUAAGAAAAUAACGCGAGAAGUUAAACUGUUAUCUCGUCUCAAUCACGAGAAUGUCGUAAGAUAUUUCAAUGCCUGGAUAGAGACCACAACGAGGACAGAAGUAGAAGAGAGUAACGUUGUCAAUAAGCCGGUCAAGAAGAAAGAGGAUAGUCUACUCGAAGUCGCCGCAAAGUUGGGACAAGUUGAGGUAAACUGGUCGAUGUCAGAUGCUCCUGGUCAAGUGAUAGAUGAAUCUUCAGGCAGCGAAGCAAAUUCUGAUGAUUCCGACGACGAUGAACCUUGGUUUAACAUUAGUCCUGAAAAUGAGAGCAGUUUUAUACAAUUCGAAGGCACGGCCAAUUCGGACUCGAUGUCUACCGAGGAAGCGUCAUCAUUAUCAUUGAAGCAAGCACUUUACAUUCAAAUGGAGUUCUGUGAAAAGAAUACUUUGAGGCAAGCGAUUGAUAAUGGACUGUAUCAAGAGCAUUUUAGGGCUUGGAGGCUGUUUAGAGAGGUCUUGGAAGGUCUAACUCAUGUCCACCAGAAAGGUAUGAUUCACAGAGACCUCAAACCUGUCAAUAUUUUCUUAGACUCAAGCGACCACGUCAAGAUUGGUGAUUUUGGUCUAGCCACCAAAGUUUAUACAGAUCUUCUUACUGAAGAUAAAAACAGGGUGUCACAAGAUGAUCAAAACGGCUUACUGACAGGCAAAGUUGGCACCGCCCUCUACGUUGCACCAGAAUUGCAACAAUCAGCGAGCAAAGUAAUAUACAAUCAGAAAGUCGAUAUUUAUUCGCUCGGUAUUAUUUUGUUCGAAAUGUUUAACCCACCAUUCAACACUGGAACUGAAAGAUACACAGUAUUGAGCAAUCUGAGGAAAAAAGAAAUAAUAAUGCCUCAAGAAUUUGAAAGUGAGGAGAAUGCGAAAAAGAUACACGUUAUUAGGUGGCUGCUGGAUCACGACGCGGGGCGAAGGCCUACGGGGGCGGAGCUCCUGUCAUCAGAGCAUGUGCCCCGGGCGGUCCCCGAAGGGGCCCUCUCCAGUCUCCUGGCUCACACCCUCAGCCAAAGAGCCUCACGACGCUACCAAAGACUGAUCGACGCCUGUCUGGACCAAAAGAUGUCCCUGGCUGAAGACUACGUAUAUCAGAGCAAUAUCAAGCCCAAGCCGAUGGAAUACAUCAGUGGGAUCAAGGAAGUAGUUACUAAGGUGUUCCAGAGGCACGGCGCCGCGGAGUUCCAGCCGCAGCUGCUGACGGCGCUGGCGGAGCGCUGGGCGCGGCUGGCGGGCGCCGUGCGCGUCAUGACGGCGUCGGGCUCCGUGUGCCACCUGCCGCACGACCUGCGCCUGCCCUUCGCCAAAUACACCGCCUACAACGGUGUAAAACAUAUGCGCCGCUAUGUCGUCGAUCGCGUGUACCGUGACACGGAAAGGAGUGUCAAGGGUUUUCAUCCGAGAGAGAUUAUUGAGUGUGCUUACGACAUCGUAUCUCCUAGAACAGAUACGUGCUGGCCAGAUGCGGAGUUAUUAGUAGUAGCAAGCAAGGCAGCAAUCGAAAGUUCUCUUAAAGUAAAGAUACAAAUAAACCAUACAGAACUUUUGAAGAUAUUGUUACUCUCUUGCGGUGUAGCGUUGGAAAAACAUGCCGUUAUAUAUCCUGUGCUUGUUGAUGUUCAUUUAGGACGUAUAACAAGUCUCCAACUCCAAACCCAUCUAACGACUCUCUGCGAAACCAAUCGUGAUAUAACUAACAUGCUGUAUCUAAUGGAAGCGGACGUGCCCGUUAAGCAACUGCGCGAGGUGGUGGGUUCCGUCGUGAAGAAUAAUAAAGAUUUGCUCUGUAUAAUGCGUCAGUUAGAAGACGUGUGUGAAAAGGCUUUAGCUAUGGGCUGUGAUGCACCUAUAACAGUGGCGCCUCUACUAGCCUACAACGUGUCGCAACACAGCGGCAUGUUCUGGCAGAUGUCCGUAGCAAGACAGGAACAGAGGUCCGCUAAACACCGGUCGAAGAAUCUUAUAGCCGCUGGUGGCAGGUACGAUAAUUUACUCGACGAAUUCGGAAAGGUCGCCAGGGUACAGGCUCAGAAGAAGGGUAACGAGAUAGUAAUAGCCUGUACCUCCGUCGGUUUCUCCAUGUCUUUGGAAAGAAUGGCCGCCAUCUUGAUCAGUAUGAAGUUGGAAGUACCGUUUGUGGAGAAGAUAAGCGAGCGUCCCAAGAUAUGCGUAUACUUACUCGCUCCGGAGGGUGGCGACGGUGGGUAUGGUGAAGAUCUGAGGGGGGCGCAAGUAGCUCGCUCGCUGUGGGCGGGCGGCUGGCGGGUCACUUGCUGGUGGGGCCCGCUUGGGGAAGCCCACGAGACGGUGGGCUGCCGCGCGCUGCUCGUGUGUGACGGUAGCGACGUGCUCGUCACCUUCUGCGAACAGAAUGUGGGAAAUAGAAGAUCGCCCGCUGCGUCAAGCUACUUGCAUCUGACUGUAGCGAUGUGCUGGUUGAGCUUCUGCGAACAGAGUGCAGAGAACAGGUUUUUUAGAGAAUAUAGAAACAAAGUGCAAUCGUCGAAAAUCGUUGAAUACUUGAAAAGUAAAUUGAAUCCAGAAACACCUCGAACUCCAGAGUACUCAAGCCGGGUAUCAAAUUGGUCGGAGAGCGACAAAUCAAACGAACCGACUAUAUUAGUGACCUUCGUAACGGCAAAUGAGAAAUUAGCGAAGAGUACAAAACGACAGUGUGAAGCACAGAUAAACAAGCAGGCGACGGCGCAGCUGGCGGCGCUGGGGCUGGCGGCGGCGGCGCGCGUGCGCGUGCACGUGGCGGCGCUGGGCGUGGAGGCGGCGCCCGUGCGCCUGCUGGCCGCGCACCUCGCCGCGCCGCUGCACGAGCGCAGCCUGCCGCGCGCCUUCCAGGCCGUCGCCGAGCUGUACCCAAAGCGGCAGAACAUACUAGAUUUAGCUUUACGUGAAAUGACAAUCAUUGUAAGACAAUCGAACCAAAGCAAAUCGUCGGACGAGAUUCAAAUUUUCGCUCUCUUUUCGAUACCAGAUUCCCUCUGUCGACUAAUAACAUGA